AGUACUAUUGCACGUGCGUUAGUAUCAAUAGCACGUGGUCGCGUGGGGUCGGAUGGGUGGCUCUCUCCACGAGUAGUAAUGAUACGGCCCUUCUCCACGAAUCAUCAGCACAAAAGACGCUACUUCGAAACAGGGACCACGCUGAUCAAUGGUUUUCUCCUGGAUUUCAAGUGCUUUAGAAAGUCAACUAAAAAAAAAUUUGACCAGGAUCCCACGAACUAAGGAGCUGUGCGUAAGAAGAUGGCAGCGCUAACAAGACUUCCUGUGAUCUAUCUUCUGCUCAGUCGGUUGGUUAGGACAUACCCUUCAGAGGCGUUCAUACAGAAUUCCACCUCGCAUAGGCAAGCUCGCAGUGGAGGUUACCCCAAGUUCCCGUUACAAGAGUACCAGCCCCCAACAUGCGGUACGAGGCAAGUGGCUCAUGAACCUUCAAGGGCCGGUCAGCCUGCUGCUAAAAUUGUGGGAGGCUCCAUUGCCCCUUAUGGAGCAUAUCCCUGGCAGUUGUCUGUUGCAGUUGGACCCUACAGUAAUGACAUCGGACUAAUCAAGGUACGCGCUCUCAGUGAAGGAGGCAUCAGCUUCAACUCGCACGUGAGGCCCAUCUGCUUGCCCGAGCUGCAGGCCAAGGGGGCUACGGGGUCCUGGUGCUCAGUGACGGGCUGGGGCGCUCAGAGGCCCGAAGACGUGGACAGCAGUCUGUCGCAGGUUCUGCAGGUUGCGGCAGUACCCCUGUUGGAUCUCGACACAUGCCGUAGGGCUGACGUGUACGGAGGUCGACGCCAGUCCAUCCUGGACAGUAUGUUGUGCGCGGGAAGCCUGGAGGGUGGAGUAGAUGCCUGCGGUGGCGAUUCUGGUGGGCCCCUCGCGUGCGAGAUCAACGGAAGAUUCGUGCUGACGGGUAUUGUCUCUUGGGGCGAUGGAUGUGCCCAAAAGAAUCGACCUGGAGUUUACACAAGAGUUUCGCACUAUGUGGACUGGAUUCAGGUUGCCAAGAAAAUUCUUGGGGCCUAGCGAGUGUGACAGUGUACAUAUUCCUACGUGUGUCUGUACAUGUUAAGAUAUCUCACCAACGAUCUCAGGAUUUUAUUGUAAAUAUUUGAGUUAUUUCACCCCCACCUGUGAAAAAUGUGCUAUUA